GCUGAAUCCUGCUGCUAUGACAGCUGUAUCUUGCGACGCGAUCUACCGCUCGAUCCCCAUGACUGCUAUCUUCAUACGUCCUCAUGCAUGUCUCGGCAACCUUUGUUAUCGUUCAUCGCAAGCCUUCCAAUCACUUCGCCCGUCGUGUCGUAAGACAGAACCGAGAUGCGAGCUUUCAUUCAUGUAUCGGCUAUUGGCGCCGUUCUGGCCGACCUGAGUGCAUACUCCUACAAGACGCACCAUUCGCUUUCGGAGACGCCCAGGGGGUGGUCACGCGCUCGAGAUGCUCAUCCAGAGACAGUACUCGCCCUGUCGAUCGCGAUCAAGCAUGCCGACACCAAGACCCUCGAGGAUAGACUUUAUCGCGUGUCCGAUCCAGACAGCAAGGACUAUGGUGCUCAUCUGACGCAGGACGAGGCCAACGAACUCAUUAAGCCGCUCAAGUCUCACUCUCGAGCAGUAGACGACUGGCUCAAGCAGUCUGGUGUGCAAGAGCAUCAGAUCAGCAAGUCCGAUGCUGGCGAUUGGGUCAGUAUCGUGUUACCCGUGUCAAAGGCCGAGGCACUGCUCAAGGCCCGGUUCGCUACAUACGAGCAUAGCAACGGAGCAACGGCAACGCGUACGUUGGCAUACAGCGUACCCCGUCAUCUGCAUGCUGCCAUUGCCGGUAUCCAGCCCACGACGUACUUUCACAGCAUCAAGGUUCCCGUUCUGACUGAGCAGCACAGCCAGCUAGCAAAGCGUGACUACGGUCUAGAUAACCGCACCGUUGGCAUACUCAAUCCUAAGGAAUGUCACUGGCAUACUCACUUCAACUCGUAUGCCUGCCUGCGCCAGAUUGCUCAGACAAUCGACUACAAGCCUUUCAAUCACCCUCGCAAUCGUCUUGCAGUGUUCAGCGCCCUUGGCGAAAAUGCUAUCAAGUCUAAUCUGCGUCAGAUGCUCAAGCAUGAACGACCGGAUCUCGAUGAUUCGUACAUGUUCGAUGUUGAGCUCUACAGUGGCGCAGCUCUCGAUGAGACGAUGACAGAGUUUCGCUACUUGCUCGGCGAAAAUAUGGAAGCCAACCUGGACACUCAGUCAGUUGCAGCAAUGAUCGCGCCAAUUCCAUCUACAUACAUGUCGUUCGGUGGCUAUGGUCCUGCAGUCAGUGACACUUGGCGGCCUGCAGACACUCAACAGAACGAGCCUUGGGCGGUCUUCAUGAAGGUCUUGCAGGGCAAGAAGGACGCCGAGCUCCCGCUUGCAAUCUCGAUCAGUUAUUCGGAUGACGAGCAAACACUGCCUGCAGACUACGCUCGUCACUUGUGCAGUGGUUUUGCUGCUAUCGGAGCCCGUGGGAGCAGCGUAUUCGUCAGCACAGGCGAUUCGGGCGUGGCCGACGGCAGUGGCCAGCACUGCAUCAGGACAGAGACCAAGAAGAAGCAAUUCAUACCCUCCUUCCCACCUUCGUGUCCCUGGAUUACAUCCGUGGGUGCGACCAUGUCGCGACAUCCCGAGAUGAUGAUGGCUAACGCGACCAAGCAACUCUGGUCCGGCUCUGGCUUCUCAGACGUAUUCGAACGUCCCGCUUAUCAAGAGAAGGUCGUCACCAAGUACAUCGCAUCACUCGACGGACAAUACGACGGUCUAUAUACCAAAGGAGGGCGAGCUUAUCCCGAUCUAUCGGCUCAAGGCUACGGCUUCCCGAUCUGGUGGGGUUCGGCCAUCAUACCAGUACAAGGCACCAGCGCAAGCACGCCUACGGCAGCUUCUGUCGUUACGCUGCUCAACGAUGCACGUCUCGCAAAGGGCUUGCCUCCAUUGGGCUUCAUCAAUCCGCUCAUCUGGAAGCUCGAAGGCAAGGGCUUCAAUGACAUUGUGACGGGCUCGACCGAUGGAUGCGAUACACCUGGCUUCCUGGCCGCACCUGGAUGGGACGCAGCGUCUGGUUGGGGAACGAUGCGGUUCCGCGAUCUGCUGAAGCUUGUGACCUAGUCAAUCUGACCUUCAUGCAAGCC